AUGGCCACCCCUAGAGUCAAAGUGCGAAAAUGGCACAACACCGAGCUGGAGGCCGGCGUCACACUCACACCACCGGCGAGCGAAGCCGGAGGAGGGCCCGACCAAAUCAGCAACCUGCCCGUCGACGCUCUCCGCAGCAUCGUCUCGCUGCUCCCCACCAAGGACGGCGCCCGCACCCAGUCCCUGUCCACCCGGUGGCGCCACCUCUUCCGCUCCGCCCCGCUCAACCUCGACGUCGAGCUCCGCCGCGAGGACGAGCCGGCCGCAUCCAGCCUCGUCCCCCACAUCCUCGCCGACCACCAGGGGCCUUGCCGCCGGCUCUCCCUCACCUGGUACGGCUACAAGUGCGACAUGGUCCCCGCACUGCUGAACCGCUGGCUCCACUCGCCAGCCCUCAACGGCCUCCCCGAGUUCCAUCUGCGGCACAACCGCACGGCAAACGGCGAGGAGGACUUGUGGCGAGCGCAUUACACGCUGCCGCCGUCCGUCCUCCGGUUCGCGCCCACCCUCCGCAUCCUCAGCGUCAAGUGCGCCUGCCACAGGAUCCGUUUCCCCUGCGUGGCCGGUGGCGAUGUACAGUUCCCCCACCUCAAGCAGCUCACGUUUAAAGGUGUCAUCAUCUCGGAGGCCGACCUCCACGGCGUUCUUGCCGGAUGCCAUGUGCUGGAGAUUCACAGCAUCACCAUUGGAUGGUCGACAUUCACUGGUUUGAUGAAGUGA